GCAUAUUAACAAAGGCGGAGAGACUGCCACUGCGGAGAAAGUGAAUCUGGUCCUUUUCUUUCGGUCAGUUUUCGACUGGGAAGGCGGACCUCUCCACAGCAAAGCAAGCAGGGACUGGGCAUAAAGGUGGGACUGCGAGCGAGAGAGAGAAUACACAGCGGCAUUGAGAACAGAAGAAAUCCAAAGGCAAACUGAAGGGACAUGGAUCUCCAUCUCCCCGUGCUGCUCCUCCUCUGUCUGUCUGGACAAGCACUGAUGGACGAUGACACCAUUCCCCCGGAGGAUGGAGACACUGACCCACAGGAUCUCCAGGACAUCCUUCUGGAAUCCACCAUCGGUGACAACAUAGAUCUGAAGACCACAACAGUACCUCUCCCUCCCACCACCCUGCCGCACAGCCCAGCACCCACUCACGAUCCCCCAGAGUACUUCUACACGCCCACCACCUGGCAGCCCACCACCACCACCAGCGGCCCGACUCCUGACUACUUCCUGGCCAUGUCCCCCGGCGCUCCCGAGGGGAGCUCGUCCGAGGAGGAAAGUCCGGAGCAGGAGUGCAGGGGUGGCGUGCCGCGCAGAGAGGCCCAGAAGGCGCUGGGGGCGGCCGUGACCACGUUUGGCCUGGAGCUCCUCCAGCAGCUUCUGUCCAGAUCGAAGGAGCCCAACAUCGUCGUGUCCCCCCUGAGCGUGGCUCUGGCCCUGUCCCAGCUGGCCCUGGGGGCUGUGAACGAGACGGAGGCCUUGCUGCUGCGCUCUCUGCACGUGGACAAGGUGGCCUGCUAUCACAGCCAGAUGAAGAGCCUCCUGCAGCACCUGAGCCAGAGUGCCCUGGCUGUUGCCACGCGGACCUACUUGAGUCCAGGGUUCAAGGUGAACAGGAAGUUCAUAGAGGACUCUUGGAAUAUGUACGGGUCUGAGCCAGCACCCCUGAAGGACGCGGAGGACAUCAACCGCUGGGUCGAGGAGGUCACCAAAGGUCGCGUGAAGACGCCCUGUGUUGCAGGUGUGUGGCGCACUCAGUUUGACCCUCGCAUGACCACCACUGACCUCUUCUACUUGGAUAGAAACACGGCCGUGCCCGUCGACAUGAUGGUGGGGCCCAAAUACCCACUGAGAUUGCACACCCUCGGUGAGCUGAACACGCAGGUGGCUCGGUUCCAGUUCAAAGGAAAUAUGAGUCUUCUGACGUUUGUCCCGUUAGUGGGACAGCUCAACGUCUCAGCCAUUGCCGACCACUUCAACGCCUCUGAGCUGUACAGUCGCUUCUCUCGUGAGCGCCCCAUGUCUGUCAAGCUACCCAAACUCAACCUGGAGUACAGCCAGGACCUCAGGGAAGUCUUCACUGCCAUGGGGCUGGGGGAGCUGUUCUCAGGUCCAGACCUGUCCGGGAUCGGACCCGGCCCCCUGCUCGUGUCCAGUGUGCAGCACAAGUCCACCAUGGAGGUGAACGAGCAGGGGGCGGAGGCGGCGGCGGCGACCUCGGUCGUCAUCUCCCGCUCCAGCUUCUUCUUCUCACUCAACCGCCCCUUCUUCUUCGCCCUGCUGGAUGACACCUCCCACACCCCCCUCUUCCUGGGUGUGGUCACGAACCCCAACCCUGGAGCGCCGCUCGUGAAGAAAGACGACCCUGACAAAUUCGGGCCCAGAUUUAGCAAGCAAUAUGGACACCCCAACCCAAAAUAAGACACACAGUGCCCAGUGAACUGGAACUGCAACUCCUGGCCAGCAGGGGGCUUCAGGUCUAAAACACUAGUCACAUACAGAGGCAUACCAGCACACACAGGCACACACACGCAAGGAAGUGGCUCGCACCAUCUGCUUUCCCCUUCAGGCUCUUUUCUCGCCAGAUCCCCCUCCUGUUGUGGUUCGUCCUGCAGGAAUCCCUAGCUUAGAUCCCUAAGAUUGCUGUUGACUGCAGCAGGCCACUGAUAUCACCCUGAUAUCCCCACUGACAUGGACUGCAAUAGGCCCGCAGAUAUCACCCCAGGUCCUGAAUGGAACCCAGGAUCCCAGCACUGUGAGGCUGCGGCGUUCAUCACUGCCCCACCAUGCCACCCUGUUCCAAACACAUAAGCAAAUAAUGCUUCUGUAAGAGGAUCUGAAGCCCGUUGUUACGGAGGAUAGCAGUAUAACGGAAGUGUUAGUGUUUUCUUUUACAGCAGCCCAUCCUCACCACCAGCACAGCUCUAAUUAAUGCCUCAUUCCCACCCGGGCUUAAAUCACCAUGAGGGAUAAGUUACGAAAGGUAUUAUAUCAGAUAAAGAGUAUUAUCUGAUGGCUUAGUUUUCAGUGUAAAGGCAGUGUACGUUGCCAAAGACAGCGGGUUUAAUUAAAUAACUGGGUGCUGGCUGGAUUGGUACACCUGCUUUAUUAAGAGGGUUGAGGAAGUGGAUGGCUGGAGCUGAGCGGCUCUACAUUGUGAUGCCACAAGGGCACAACUGUCUCCACCACCAGGACAUUUGCUCAUGUCCAGGCUUAUGAGGUCCUACCUCAGGCUUGUGGGGUCCUUCCUCAGGACUGGGGGGUCUGCAUGUGGGGGUCCUUGCGCAGGCUUUUGGGGUCAUUCCUCAGGACUUGGGGUCUGCUUGUGGGGUCCUUGCUCAAGCUUGUGGGGUCCUUGCUCAGGAUUGGGGUUCCUUCUUCAGGAUUGGGGGUCCUUGGCCAGGUUUCUGGGGUCCUUGCUUAGAAGCUGGGCUGUUGGAAUAGCAAGGUGAGAGGGUCAGGGAGUGCCAAAGCCCAGGGAUGGCGUGGAGGAGCAGCUGAUGGCCGACACAGGAUGGGGGGAAUACAGGAGGAGAGAAAGGCAGAUGGUACCUGCUGCUUCUAAACAAAAGCCGAACUCACAAACAAAAGCAAACCAAGUAUCCAGAAUAAAGCCAAUACACUUUGUGGCAAAAGACUUUGAUUCCCAGCUGAAACCUGUUGUUUGUUUGGUAUACAAUAACUUUUUUUUAGGCGUCAAUAUAACAGUGCUGUUGUGGUUGUGUUUAAUUUUAGCAGAGAAUUCAUGUCUUUCUAAGUUUCAUAGCUACAUGACCCUGUUGAUCUUUCUGUUGUUUGUCAAUUAAAGGUGACAAAAGAAUUGA